UGAUAUAUCAGUCGAUAGUCUCGAAGAAGAAUUUAAUAGAAAAGUUAUCGUGAAACAAGUAUCCGAGGAAAAUGUUGACACAAUACUUGUCCCGUUUUAUGAAAAAGACGUAUUGAUAAAAAUACCAAAAGAUCGUAAAAGAAAACAGAAAAUAGAUAAUGGAAAUAUGCAAGGUAAUAUCGACAAGCAAAAAAAGGAAACGCAACAAAAAAAUUACCUUGUCAAUAAAGACAGACAAAAGGCCAAAUGUGCCACGUACUUGGAAAUAUUUCGCAAGCAGUUCACUACUAAAUGUGUUGAAAAAAUGCCAGAAAAAGAUGAAAUACGGUCAUUGUCUCCCGAAUUUGGUGACACUGAAAGAGAAAGUAUUGGAGAAGACAAUAAUCCCGUAUCAGAAUUUUUCAAUACCGAAUCAUAUAAUGAAAUAUACUAUGCAAAACUGAUGAACAGUGAUGUUCCCCAAAAUUUUGAUAAUUCUUAUGAAGACGAUUAUCGUUUUACGGAUGAUAUAAGAAGUAAAUCACCAGAUGAACUUGCAGAUAACAAUUUUAGAAGCAUUUCUGAGGUUUCUCAACCACGUCGUCGCAUGAGACGUAAUACAGUGCAGCCGAUACAAAAUGUAAAAUUGGGAGGUUUAGGACCUGAUAUGGAGAAAAUUAAACCACGGCUAGAACGCGCCAGGAGUCUUCAAAGAUACUCUGAGAAGGUGAGGAUGGAAAAUCGUUUAAAGAUUUAUAAAAAAUCAGUCCAAGCUGAAGCUGAAAAGAAAAUUGAAAAGGAAUUAUCAGCAAGACACCGAGAUUCUUCAAAAGAUUGUAAAAACGAAGACAAUGCCUCUUAUUUAGUAAAUAAAACAAAACAAGAAAAAGCCCCUAAAGGGUUAAAAAGUGUUCUCCCAUAUAAAUCCAAAUCGGCUGGAAUACAAAAAAAUACAGAAAGAUGUGAUGAAAAAGAUCAGAUGACAAAACGUACUAAAAAGGGUAAUAAAAAUGACCGAACAAAAAAAGACACAAAUGCCGGAAAAUGUAAUGGAAAAGUUGAAUAUGAAAGAGACGUUCAAGUGAAAGUUAGAUCGGCAACUCGAGCAAAACCUUCCAUCACAGGAACCGAACACGCAGAAGAUGUUCCACCAGUUCAAAUUAAUUUUAUGGUCAAUGUCGGGAGAGUGAGGCCGUCAAGCACUCUUAAAACUCUAGAAGAAAAACACAGAAUGUAUCAGGAACAAGUAAAGGCGUUCAAUAUAGGCCAAAAUAAUAUGUAAUUUAUGAGAAGUAUAUUUUGUUGAUAUAUUUUUUUUGGCAACAAGCGCCCCAAUAAAUUUACUGCUUAUAUUCUGUUUCAUAUAAAUCAUCGGUCUAUAGUACGAUUACACGAUAUUUAUUGAUGCCUUCGAAA